UCUCCUCUAUCUCCUCUAUCUCAUCUAUUUCAUCUAUCUCAUCUAUAUUCAUCUUACAUGGCCAACUGGUUCAGUCGGCGUUUGACAGCGCCAGGUGCUCGAGUCCAACUCAACCAGACUGAAUGGACAAUUGUCGAAGAGGUGGACCGACAGGAUCUCUCAGCGGACGAGGAGGACCUGCGCAUCAGCAUUGAACCCUGCUACGGCUAUGCACUACUUCUCUGCCGCCCCUCCCAGAGUCGUGAAACACAAGCGUCUGCAUUUAUGCGGAUCUACCUCCAAACCCCAAUGCUCAAUACUGAAGGCGAGGAUCCGAUAGACCGCUCCCAGCAAGCUACGACUUACACCCCUUCUGAGUUGACUGCACUACAGAAAUUCACCGAAGGAGGUGUGCGGUAUACUCCGCGCCUUCUUGACUGGCGUUCAAGCCAGCAGGAUGAAUCUAGACCGGUGCCUGGCGGGUUCAUCAUAUGGGUAGUCUGGGAGAUUGUGCCAGGAAUCCGGCUCGGAGAUGACUUUGGUGGUGAUAUAUUCUGGACUCUACCCCGUUCGGAGCGUGAUGCAGUUCGUUCUGCAUUUGAGGAUGGCUAUAAGACACUUCUAGAAUAUGGCUAUCUUAUCGAAUUUGGCAGAGCAAAAAAUCUUGUCUGGGAUAGGGAGACGCAGCGGCUCUACUUUGUUGGAUUUUGGAGAUGUGGGAUACAUCCUUCAGAUAGGUGGACUCCCAAGGCAUUCGUCACAUUCAAUCUAGUCAAGACACCGAGGCUUCGGCGCAUGCUGUCGGACCCAGAUUGGGAUGGAGAUCCGCAAAAUUGGGAGUUCUAG